AUGACUCAAGGAAAUGGCUCUGAAGUGACUGAAUUCUUUCUUCUGGGAUUUGACACUCAACACAAGCAUCGCCAUGUCCUCUUCAUGGCGUUCCUGCUCAUCUAUGUGAUCUCCAUGGUGGGGAAUGUGGGCAUGAUUCUACUCAUCAAGAUAGACGCCAGACUGAAGACACCUAUGUACUUUUUCCUACAACAUCUGGCUUUUGUGGACCUCUGUUAUACCUCUGCUAUCACCCCAAAGAUGCUGCAAAACUUCAUAGUAGAGAACAAAUCCAUCUCAUUCAGGGGCUGCGCCAUACAACUACUGGUGUACGCAGCAUUUGCAACUACUGACUGUUACCUUCUGGCCGCUAUGGCCAUCGACCGGUACGUGGCCAUCUGCAACCCACUUCGCUACCCCAUAAUCAUGUCCCGAAGAGUCUGCAUCCAGUUAGUAGCUGGCUCCUAUGUCGUGGGCUCAAUCAAUUCCUCUGUGCACACAGGCUUUACCUUCUCACUGUCUUUCUGCAAGUCUAAUGCCAUCAAUCACUUUUUCUGUGAUGGUCCCCCAAUUCUUGCCCUUUCAUGCUCCAACAUUGACGUCAAUGUCAUGCUAAUUGUUGUCUUUGUGGGAUUUAAUUUGAUGUUUACUGUUUCCGUUGUCAUCUUUUCCUACAUCUUUAUCCUGGCUGCCAUCUUGAGAAUGUCUUCUACUGCAGGGAGGAGAAAAGCUUUCUCCACGUGCGCCUCCCACCUCACAGCAGUCACCAUCUUCUAUGGGACGCUCUCCUAUAUGUACUUACAACCUACCUCUAAUAAUUCUGAGGAAAACAUGAAAGCAGCCUCCGUAUGUUAUGGUAUUGUGAUUCCCAUGUUGAACCCCCUGAUCUAUAGUCUGAGAAACAAGGAGGUAAAAGAAUCUCUCAAAUUGAUAGGGAAAAAAUCCUCUAGGCAAAACCCCAACUAUUAA